AUGGGACCGACGUCGAGGGAGGAAGAGGACAGGACCAAUCGCUUCUUGGGUGCCAACGGUUCUGAUGCUGGUUCUGGCUCUGUGCGAGAACGUGCAGCCAGUCAGCCGCCGCGUACAUCAGGACAACAGCAUUUCUUCUCGUCUCCGUCGCAGCCGCCAUUUGUUCCGUCGAGCAUUAACGUCGCCAGUUCUCCUUGGUCCAACCAGCGGCUAUUGAGUCCGACCCGUCAGAUGGCUACCCGGAGUUCGUCCUUCUCCAAUACAAAUCCUCAACAGAGCCAGUUCGGGACUACGAUGAGGGAGAGAAGUUUUCCUUCGACUUUCGAGGACGACGAGUCGGAACUCGAGAGUUUUGACGAGCGGUAUAUCCCGACUUCGCUACCGAGGGGGAGGACCUACGCGCAGGACAUAUCUCGCAGUCGCUCUCAGUCGCUUGCGGCAGGAAGACCUACUCCGAUAGGCAGCCCAUAUGUUGCCACUCCUAGCAUGGCGAGCUGGAACGAGUCAAUGCUGUCCAACCCGGUCAACAUACCCGGUCGAUACGGCGACAUGAAACCACCAGGCUCUAGCCGGUAUGGUUCAAUGGGUAGAUCCCCUAUCGACAUUAACGCUUCUUCUCCUUCUCGGUUUGUUAGAUAUGACAUCUCAAAUAUGAGCCCGUUCGUCCGUGACGUGGGUCAGAUUUUGUUGGAUGACGGAUCUGCGUUCAGAGAGUUAUGGUCUGGAAUGAACCCUCCCAGGGACGAGAAUGGCGGCGGUGGCAGUGGGACGACCAGUCGAAGGCAUAGCGUCAGCGUCGUACAGCCAAGGCGAGGGGCAAUUGUUGGUUUCAACGCACCAGGCGUGGAAGAUGUCGACGACCAUCCACCCUUCUCUACGGCCACCAAUUACGGCCACGGCGGACUCAUGCUGUCUGAUGAAGAUCUCGCGGGCGACCUUGGAAUGCUUAAUCUUAAUGAUAAUCAGUCCCCAUCGCAGCCGACCAGCCAACCUUCUUCCCUUCCCAUCUAUGCGCCUUUGUCUCGCAGUCCUCCCUCCAAUGACUUUGCGUAUGCACCGAUCAAUUUGAGUAAGCGGUCGCCUAGUGAUGCAAGCGAAGACCAAUUGGAAUCACAUUAUCGACAGCAACAGCAACAGCAACAGCAACAGCAGACGACUCAGCAGCAGCAACCUUCGCGGGAGCUUCACACGGCUAGAUUCAUUCCGGGGCAAGGGAUCCAAUACUAUCCGCAAACGACCAGCUUCUCUUCUCCCACGCGUGCACGGGCCCCCUCCUACUCUAACGCUGCAACCUCGCCGACCUCGACUCGAGGGCCACCCCCGCAAAGUCAGCCUAUUCACCACAGACUGCCUUCUUCGGAACAUGAGCUCGGGAAGGGUCUACCUCUUCACUCUGUGCCGUCGUCGUGGCCCUUAUUCAUCGUGGAGUUCAAGGCAGGUCGAACAGACCUUUUCUACCUCACGGAUCUGUCGCAAGAGAUUCGCGUGGGUGAUUUGGUGAUGGUUGAGGCCGACAGGGGAAAGGAUUUGGGAAAGGUGGUUAACGAUAGUAUCACCGUGGAGGAAGUAGAGGCAUUCCAGAGAGAUAGACAGGGCUGGGGCGAAGAGGAUGGUCCUGUGAGUCCUGGAGGAAGCGGCGGUGGCAGUGGUGGUGGUUCGUCUAAGAAGGAGAUCAACCCAAAAAUGAUAUAUGGGAAGGCGUCCACGCAUGAUGCUCAAUUGUUAAUGUCCAAGAUGCAAGACGAGGCCAAGGCUCUGCAGUUGUGCCAGAGCAAGGUGCGCGCCAAGAAGCUGCCGAUGGAGGUAGUCGACGCCGAGUACCAGUGGGACCGACGCAAAUUGACGUUCUACUUUAUUGCGGAAAAGAGGAUUGAUUUUAGGGAGCUCGUCAGGGAGCUGUUCCGGUUGUACAAAACGAGGAUAUGGAUGGCUUCCCUCCAAGGCGGUGCCGGAGGUAGCUACGAACAAUAA